AUGACGUUAGUACACGUGAGCAAAUCCGUCACGUGACUAGUGUCAUCGCCCUCAUCACGUGACCUACAGUGCCAGCGACAUCCUCACGUUUCCUGCAGUGCCAACUGUCAUCGCGUGACCUGCAGUGCCAGCGCAUGACUGACAGUGUCCCCACGGCUGCCAUCUGACCCCGAGAGUCGCCGUCGACUAAAGCCAAGAUGACGAUUACGGACUUUGACAGCAUUUUCCUCCACAUCGGCGGUUUCGGACGCUACCAGAUGCUCCUCUUCGCGGCCAACUGCCUCAUGUGCUCCAUCCUCGCCUUCGUCUACUUCGGCCAGUUCUUCAUGACCCUGACCCCGCCCCACUGGUGUCGCCCCCCCGCCGAGGUCAUGCAGCUCAACCUGACCCCGGCCGAGGUCAAGAGACUCACCGUGCCGGUUGAUCCUCGCGGGGGGGACUUCCUGCGGUGCGCCAGGUACCAGGUGGAUUUCCGGCAGGUGGUUGAAAGCAACGACAGCUGGCCUAACACCAGCUGGCCGACCACCAGCUGUACCAACGGUUGGCAGUACGAUUAUUCGCUGUAUUAUCCCACUAUCACCUCGCAGCUGGACUGGGUGUGCGACCAAGACUGGAAGCCGACACUGGCUCAGUCUCUCUUCUUCGUGGGGUCCCUCGUCGGUUCCCCUGUACUAGGCUGGGCGGCAGACUCGUGGGGGCGCCUGCCGGUCAUAGUGCUGACGAACGUGGUAGGAGGCGUGGCAGGGAUCUGUUCGGCCUUCUGCUCCUCCUUCGCCUCCUUCACCGUCUUCAGGUUCAUCGUCGGGAUGACGUAUGAUACGCACUACAACGCUGUGUAUAUCCUGCUGCUGGAAUACGUGUCGACUGAGUACCGUUCCAUCAUGGGCAACGUACCCAUUCUGACGUUCCUGACGGGGGCUAUGUGCGCUAUGCCCUGGGUUGCUUGGGGCCUCGCUGACUGGUCGCUCUUUGCCGUCUCCAUGCACACGCCACAGCUCUUCUGCCUCUUCUUUUAUUGGAUGCUCCCUGAAUCCGCACGUUGGCUGCUAGGACAGGGUCGCGUGGAGGACACAGUGAGGAUCAUCCGGCGAGCGGCGAAGGUCAACGGCAGGACGCUUUCACCGAGGGUCCUGCAGGAUCUACAGGAUUUCGGCGAAAGAAGAAUGGAAGAGAAUACAGAAAACGUGACUGUCUUGGACCUUAUCAAGACGCCCAUCUUAAGACGCCGCUUCCUCGUUCUCUGUCUCAUGUGGGUGACGGUGGGCAUUGCCUACGACGCCCACAUGCGCAACACGGCCAACAUCGGGCCCAACGUCUUCUUCACCUUCACCCUCGCCGGCUUCGUGGAGCUUCCGGCUGAUCUCCUCACGAUGCUGUUCAUGGAGAAGCUCGGGCGGCGCCACACCCUCGUCUGGACGGUGGUGGUGGGCGGGCUCUCGUGCUUGGCUGUGGCUGCGACGCCCGUGGGCGAGGACGCAGCCAUCAUGGUUCUGGCGAUGGUGGGGCGGUUCAUGAUCACCAUGGCCAUGAACGUGGGCAUGCAGUAUCAGGUGGAGGUGCUGCCCACAGUCGCUCGGGGGCAGGGUAUGGCGUUCAUUCACACUGUGGGCUUCCUUGCUGCUUUUGUCUCGCCUUAUAUCGUCUAUUUGUCCAAAUUCGGCCACCUGGUCCCCUACACGAUUCUGGGCGUGGUGACCAUCGUGGGCGGCUUCGUGUGCGUCCUGCUGCCGGAGACCCUCGACCAGAAGCUCCCCGACAGCCUGCAUGACGGAGAGACUUUCUUCAGCGACCAGGCGUAUUGCUACAACCCUUGUGCUAGUUAUCCUCACCAUGUACCGGCCGGGGAGAAGGAGUCCCCGCCAGAUGAACCAAUGCCAGACACGCCUCUUCAGGGAUACGCCGACAGCCACAUCUGAGAUAAAUGGAUUUCCUUCGAGGUUC